AUGGCAUCGGGCGUUACCUGCGGGGCAUGUGCACAGGCGAUCGCGGGCGGCGACAGUUCACAGCGAAAGUGCAAGGUUCGAGUCGCGCCACAUCAUCCACGAGUCGUCCACGAGCAGCUUUACGGCUGCGCCAGGCAGGUGUACAACGUGGGCACCCACCAUCCAGCAUCAAGGUCUUGGGCGGGACGACGGGUGUGGCAACCUGUGUUCGUUAAAAUCCAAGCCGCUGACCGCAUUGAUGCUGAAACCACCGGGAUUUGGCGAAAGCGAUUGUAUAAGCUUCUGCCGCCAGGUCUGUUUUUCGGCAGCCGAUCAAAAUGUGCGGCGUGGGCAAAUGCACUCCCGUUGCGCCAACAAUACCGCGACGCACCAGACUGUCUUGUGCGCGAGCUCGAAAGCGAAACCGGCGUCGCCUCGCUCCUGUGCAAGGGCGGAGGCUGCACACCAGCUUACAGGGAGGCUAGGCGAACAGACCGGGCCGGGAGUCUUCCGCUCGAGGCGCCGACGUCCCGGCGGCUGAAAGUGAACUCGGCCAUUGAAGCCCUGGUUGGCAGCGACAUGCCCUUCCCGCACUUCACAUUUCAUGUCGAAUGCACACAUUGUUUCCGGCUUGUGCGAUGUGAACGCACGCCGUUUCGACGACGAAUCCGCACCGGGGCAGCAAGCAAAGAAAUUGCCGCAGGCCAUGACAUACUGGCAUGCGCACUGGACUGA